AUGUGCACUCUCACCUACUUUGAACACAAACUCUGCAAGCAUGUGUGGGCCGUGGUCACGGAGUCAUGCGAACCCUUCAUGGGCUUCUCCACAUGCCCGUCCUUCUGCGACGGCACAGUCAAGUUGACUCCCAAGUACAUCCGGACACGAAGCCGGCCAUGCCCGCGUCCGGAUGGUGGAGGCGAUGGGAUGGGGCGUCAAGUGGGGAGUUGGGCCUGGGAGGGAGGAUUGGGGCUGCGAGGUGAAGUUUUCUGGGAGAAUGUGUGUGAUUCUGUGAUGGGCUUUGGGAGGGAGGAGAGGAGAGGAGAGGCUGUGGUGGGUGAGAGUGAGAAAUGGGUUGCUGGGUGUCAUCUGGGGACUCGACUCGAGGAGGACGACGAUAAACACAACUUGCCAGCCACUCAAGUUGGCUUGGCCACAAGGACGACCUGCAUCGGAUAUUCAAUUGAGAGUUCUCUCUUUCUAAAGCUUCAGCUAAUUAACGUGGUGUUGAGCUGGAAGCUUUCCCCAUCUGCAUUGAGUUCCUGCACACGUCGGUGUUCUCAGCUGGGAUACAAUGUCUUUCCUCUGUUCUGGUCAAGAACCCCUGAAAAGAAAUAG